AUGGCAAAUGUGCAAGACAUCGAAAACUGCCCAGGAAAAAAAGCGAGGGGACGGCGGUACUGCUGCGUCAAAGACUGUCACGGCCGCGCGGGACUGCCGGGUCUCCUACUCUACAGAUUUCCUGGCCGGCCGUGGGAAGAGCAGCGCCGGAAGAAAUGGAUUGCUGCUGUGCGCAGAGUGAAGUGGAGCAAACGCACCACGAAUCUCACUGGGAUUAAUGAACAUCAAGAAGUUGGAGUAAGCAGUGAUCAGGCACUUCAAGACUCAAGUGAAACCAUGGACAUAUUUGAUUCUAUGUUGAGCCUGCCAAACCGAAGCUUGCGAAGGCACUGCAACACCGUUUCCGUAUUUGUAUGCUCAAUACAAGAAACUGACGCUUGCACUCAGAUUAAUCACACUGUCACGUGUGAUGCUGAUGUACAAUGCCAACCCAUCACAGCCUCCCGUCACAGUGGGCCAGACAUCAGAUCCAGUUACUUUGGUGGCUAUGAGAGUGUUAAAUCCUCCAGUGCUGCUAUGAGAGAUCUGUGCGGUGUGAGUGUUGAUGUGUUUGCACUCUUGCUUGGUAUAAUCCCUAAUCCUGCAGACCGAACAUGUGAUGUCUCAUUGUUUGACAGGCUUGUUAUGUUCUUAAUGAAACUGAAGCUGGGAAUUUCUUUUGCAUCUCUUGCGGUACUAUUUUCUGUACGUGGAAGAACAGCCUCACGCCACUUUCAAAGCAUCCUCCGGACACUGAGUACUGCAACUCAAAAAUGGAUCUAUCGACCACCGUCGCACGUGAUAAUGUCAACAAUGCCGAACUGCUUCAAGAUCCACUACCCUGGCUGCACCAUGAUCAUAGACUGUACCGAGGUAAGAACGGAGAAGCCAAGCACUGUGCAGCAGCAGCGAGUGCUGUACUCAAAUUAUAAAGGUGGCUACACACUCAAAUUCCUGGUUGGAAUAGCCCCUUGUGGAGCAGUCUGUUUUCGAUCAAAGGCAUAUGGCGGGCGCUGUUCUGAUGCAUUUAUUACUGUUGACUCUGGCUUCUUGGAUCUGGUGGAGCCAGGUGACAUCAUCAUGGCGGACAAGGGCUUCCCAGGCAUCAAGUCAGGGGUUGAGGAAGCUCAUGCUGUUCUUGUGAUGCCCCCUUUCUUACAAGGGCAUGGCCAGUUUAGUGACGGUGAAAUAUUGGAAACGUACAACAUCGCACAGGUUAGAAUUCACGUUGAAAGAAUAAUUCAGCGCAUAAAGACGUACAACAUCCUCAACUCGCGGGUUGCCACAGAGAUGAUUGCAAAAAUGUCAGACGUAUUUCAUGUGUGCUGUGUUUUGACAAACCUGCAAUCACCUAUCAUAGAUGAAGAGCGUGCGGACUCUACAAUCUAAACUUUGCGA